AUGGCUUUCAGUAUUGCUCCCGGUGAGCUAGAAAAGAUGAUUAGAUGCACUUUCAACAUCAAGAAUGAAGCAGGUAGAAAGGGGUUUUCAAGUGUCAAUUUCCAAAUUAUUAGGCUGUACUACGCGGGAGCGUGUGCAGCAGUAGCUGUCGACCUUCUAGUAUACCCAUUGGACACCCUUAAAACCCGAUUUCAAAGUCCAGAUUACAAAAAGAUCUACUACGAUGCAUCCAAAAAGGCAAUCAAUCGAGGAGUACUAUUUCGAGGAUUAUAUCAAGGAGUGGGACCUGUGAUUUUAGUAACAAUACCAUCAUCAGGAGCAUUUUUCACCACAUAUGAAGGAAUAAAAACUGUUCUUACCAAAGCAAAUACAAGCUUGAGUGGGAAUAAUACUCCAUUGAUACCACAACCCUUUGUUCACAGUGCAGCUUCGGCAGUAGCAGAACUCGUAUCAUGUUUUAUUCUCACGCCUGCUGAGGUCUUGAAGCAGAAUGCACAGAUGAUACGUCAACCAGCACAUUCAUCAGCAUCCGGGGCUUCUGUCACAAUGCAAGCUUUGAAGCAAUUCAAAAGACCUUCCCAGUUAUUCACAGGUUAUACCGCGUUAGCUGCUCGAAACCUACCAUUUACCGCAAUGCAAUUUCCUAUGUUUGAGCAUAUGAAAGAGUCGCUUAAGAGCUAUAGAAGGGAAAAUGGAACUAGGACUGGUUCAUUACUCGAAACAGCAACCAUCACAGCGAUGAGUGCUGGAACUGCCGGGUCUAUUGCAGCUGUAAUUACAACUCCAGUAGAUGUUGUGAAGACUAGAAUUAUGCUCGCAGCAUCAGGGGAAAACUCUGAAAGUGAAGCCAAAAGAAAGAUAGAGGAAGCCAAAAAGAAGGGCCAAUCUCUGGAUACGCUUGGUGGAAAGAAAAAAGGUAGUCUUACGAUUGCUCGAGAAGUGGUUGCGGAGGCUGGGGUGAAAGGCUUGUUUCGAGGCGCAUUGUUAAGAGCUGGCUGGACGGCGCUGGGCAGCGGCCUUUAUCUAGGGGUCUACGAAAGUGGGAGGGUCUGGCUUGGAGAUCGACGGGAGGCUAAAGAUGGAGACGAGUAA